CAUCAUCAAGUUGUUACUACUACUCAUGUGUCAACAGCCUCAUCAACCCUCACCUUACGAGUUUACUAGUAGUGUUCCAGAAAAGCUGAGGCUAUUAUAAAGAGAACAAAAUCUAAGCCAAAAAUAAUCUAGGAAAAGGGAUUAACAAUAAAGUUUGUCAUUGGGGACACUUUCGCUUCUCCUGACCCGAUAAGGACUUAAAAAGCCUAGGGUGCCCUAGCCAGCGGCCAGCAUCAACUCGAAGCAUUUGCAUCCAUUUUCAGGAUCACAUAAAGGGUCUUCCACUACAACAUUUAACACAUCAUGGCAUCUGCAGACGACAGUUUUGAUCAGUUUGAGGAGGAGGAAGCAGGGGAGACUCAGAGUGAAGCUACCAUAUCCUCUGGAACUGGAGGAAGAAAAAGGUUGUUUUCCAAGGAAUUGCGAUGCAUGAUGUAUGGUUUUGGAGACGAUCAAAACCCAUAUACAGAAAGUGUGGACCUUUUAGAAGAUCUUGUAUUAGAAUUCAUAACACAAAUGACUCAACGGGCAAUGGAAGUGGGCAGAUCAGGUCGAGUUCAGGUUGAGGAUGUCCUCUACUUGGUGAGGAAAGACAAGAGGAAGUAUGCUCGAGUUCACGACCUUCUGAAUAUGAAUGAAGAAUUAAAGAAAGCUAGGAAAGCCUUUGAUGAAGUUAAAUAUGCUGGCUUGUGAAGAUUCAACCACAGCAGUAACAGGCAUACAGUGCAUGUCACUUUUUCUUGGCAGAGCAGCUGUAUUAUUUCUGUAACUACUAUAUGAUAGUAGAUUAAAGCAGUUCUUUAACUGCUGUCUUAAAGUUGCAUUCUCAGUGAGUAUGUGCUGCAUUUUGGAAGCAGAGUUAUUAUGAUGUGAUUUCAGUGGAAAUGUCGUCCUUACAAUGACAUUUCACCCCCAAGACAAAAUGCUUUUCUGACUAAACGUACAAGUAUGCUAUAUGCGUCUCAUAGGCUUGUAAACAUGCAUUUUGAUAAUCUAGUAAGUACACUGUUUUUAAUGGAAUUUUGUGAGAAAUUUAAAUAAAUUCUUUUCUGAAUUAAA